GCAGGAAGUGCCCGCUCCGCCUCCCCAGCCAUGCUGCAGCCUCUGUCCCUCUCCCUGGCUCUGAGCCUGGCGGUCCAGUGGAUCCUGUGGGCUGCAGCCACUCUGCUUCGCACUGAGAAGUUCUACGAUCUGGCAGGUAGUGGGACAUUUAUUCUUCUGUCACAUCUAAGCCUGCGAUGGACAGGAACAAAGUAUCUGCGCCAGCAAGUGCAGACUGGGCUCAUCACAGUAUGGGGAGUACGCCUUGGUACAUUUUUGUUCUUACGAAUUCUCCGAGAAGGCCAUGACAGGAGAUUCAAUAAAGUGCGAGAUAAUCCAGGAAUGUUUUUGGUGUACUGGACAGUGCAAGGCAUAUGGAUAUUUGUAACAUUACUUCCAUCUUUAAUGUUAAACCUUGAGAGAAGAAACAAGCCCCUGGGGCUGACGGACUACUUGGGCUGGACUUUGUGGGCUGUUGGAUUCCUCAUACAAGCAGUUGCAGAUCAGCAGAAGUGGAGUUUUAAAGCUGACCCCGAUAAUACAGGUAAAUUUAUCCAAAGUGGUCUGUGGGCGUACAGCCGGCAUCCAAACUACCUGGGAGAGAUCCUGCAGUGGAGCGGACUCUUCAUUUCUGCCUCGUCCGUGCUCAGUGGUUACCAGUACCUGAGCGUCAUAUCCCCAAUAUUUGUGUGGUUCCUGCUCAAUUACGUCAGUGGGAUUCCCAUUCUUGAGAGGCAGGCAAUGAAAAGAUGGGGAGAGGACCCAGAAUAUAAGAGCUACAUCCAGCAGACACCUGUACUCUGGCCAUUCAAACUCUAACUUCUGCCUCCAGAGGAGAUGAAGAUAUUGUUAGUGUACACGGUUUAUACACUGACUGAUGAAACUUUUCUGGGAGACUCUUCCCUUCAUUACUGUAUAAUAUUUCAUCUGCUUUUCUUUUUUGUUUUAUUUUCCAAAAGUAAGCAAAACUUUAAAUAAAGUUAUUAAAGAAUAAGUUCUGAUCUUUACCUUGACAAUCAUAGCAACCCACAGAUGCAUUGCACUUUUGGACCGAACAGAAUGACAUUUCAGCAGAUGAAUCUUACCAGGAAUGACAGAAAUAAUAUAAUCUGUGACCAGUAGCAUGCCCGCCCCCUUCUGAGUUUUCAUUUGUUCAGUU